AUGAUUAUUGUUGUUGUGGUUGUGAAUCUGAUGAUGGUGAGCUUGGAAGUGAAGGCACAGACACAGAGAGUUCCUGCUUUGUUUGUGUUUGGAGAUUCAUUGGUGGACGUUGGAAACAAUAACUUGUUGAACACUUUGGCAAAGUCUAAUUACUUUCCUUAUGGAAUUGAUUUCAGAGGUGGUCCUACUGGUAGAUUCUCCAAUGGCUUCAACAUUGCUGACUUCAUUGGAAACCUGUUAGGUGUCCCUCAAGCAGCAGCAUUCGCAAACCCCACAACAAGGGGACCCACAAUACUUAAUGGAGUCAAUUUUGCUUCUGGGGCUGCUGGCAUUCUUCAAGAAACUGGCCGUCACUAUGGCGACAGGUUUAGCUUGAACCAGCAAGUGUUGAACUUUGAGAACACAUUGAAUCAAUUGAGAACAAUGAUGAAUGGAACAGCAUUGAGCCAAUACUUGGCCAAAUCAAUAGCAAUUUUGGUGUUUGGAAGCAAUGAUUACAUCAACAACUAUCUCUUGCCCACACUAUACAAUUCCAGUUACCUUUACAAUCCCCAACAGUUUGGCAAUCUUCUCCUCAAUAGCUAUGCUCGUCAAAUCCAGGCACUAUACAGUUUAGGGCUAAGGAAGUUCUUCCUAGCAGGAGUAGGACCACUGGGAUGCAUUCCAAACCAACGAGCAAGUGCCCCACCAGGAAGGUGUGCAGAUGGCGUGAACCAGAUGCUUGGGACCUUCAAUGAAGGCCUGAGAGCAAUGGUUGACCAGCUCAACAAGAACCAUCCUGAUGCCAUGUUUGUCUAUGGCAAUACUUAUGCUGUUUUUGGUGAUAUCCUCAAUAACCCUGCCGCCUACUCAUUCAGUGUGAUUGAUAGAGGCUGCUGUGGAAUGGGAAGGAACCAAGGGCAAAUAACAUGUCUUCCAUUUCAAGUUCCAUGUCCAAACAGAAGCCAAUAUGUGUUUUGGGAUGCCUUCCAUCCAACACAAUCUGCAGCAUAUGUCUUCUCUUGGAGAGCUGUUAAUGGCCCACCUUCUGAUUCUUAUCCCAUUAAUAUUCAGCAGAUGGCUCUUCUUUAGCUAUCUGCACACUCUGGCCAAAAUGUACCAAAACUAUCUGUACUAGCAAGCUCUAUUUCCCUGGCAGAAUAAAGUAAUAAUAUAGAUCGUAUUUCUCUAUCACUCAUUUCAGUUUCUAUAUAUAUAUAUAUACACACACAUAUAAGCAUCUAAAUAAUAAAGUUAGAAUUUUAGAACCUGCACGUUAUAUGUGCACCGGGCAAAAUACAAGAGUCUACAAUCAUUUCACCAAAUAAUCACUAGCAUCUUGAUUUUCACAAUCAUAAAAUAUUGAUAAAUUAGUUAGGGUCUGAUGUGCUUCACACAAGAUAAUAUUGGACCCAUCAGACUUGUAUCAAAAUUAACUAGACUAUGAGCGCCAUGUUUUAUAUGAAAUUUGAUGUGAACUAGAUUAUUUAUGAUUAUGAAUAAUGCGACUUCAUUCAUAC